ACGAAUCACAAAACACUUAAAUUACUUCCGUCUAAUUAUACAGUUAAGGGUCGUCACUUGAGGAUUCGAGCCAUCAGAGCCUGUAUCAGAAGCCCAUCUGGGCUGAACCGUCCACGCAGUCGCCACCUCCCCACGAUCCCCUUCACUCGGUCUUUCGCCUCCCUCCCCGUCCGAAACUCCCCGCCCUCUGCGACUCGCCUGCCGCAAUCCAAGUCCGGCAGCCGCCGCAGUCCCAUUGACAGCAAGCUCUCAUUCCGGCAGCCGUGGCACGUCCGCACCAUCGUGAUCCCCGGGACACCGGUGUUCGCUUUUACCUCACCCGCAUCUCUUCCAGCCACCGCCCGCCGCCGCCGGCAUCCAUCCGAGCAGCCCUGCCUUACUCUCUCGUUGCUGGCGUCAUCCAUCCGAGCAGCCCUGCUUUAAUCUCUCGUUGACGACACCUCCAUUCGCCUCCCCGCACCUCGUCUUCCGGACGCCACCAUCGCGGACAGCUGCGCCCGCGUCGCCUCCUCCCGCACUCCCGCACCCAGCCAGACGCUUCCCGGGGCCCAUCGCUCCACGCGUGCAUCCCGCCUUGUCGCGGCAAUCCCCCACGCGACGCCACGGCUGCCUGUUGUCUCUCGCAGGCCGACCCUCACAGUCACGCUCGCCUCGCACCCGCGGCUCCGACCGGCGAUCCCAAGGCGUGGUCAACUGAGUCGGACCUGUCCCUGACGCCGUCGUCCGAGCGGAAUAUGAUGGCCUGUGACCUGGCCAGCCUCUGAGUCGGGCUCGUUGUCGGCAUGACGUCCUGCUACCUCGCAGGCAGCAUCGUCGACCUCGGCAUGUCCGUGCUGCAGGGCAUCGCCACGUUCGCCUUCGCCAACCUCAUCGUCCUCGUCACCCUCGUCAUCACGGCAGCGCUGGCGGUCGCGCACGGCCUGCCAUUCCCUCUGCUCGCGCGCACCGCCUUCGAAGUGCGCGGCACCCACGUCCCGGCCGUCAUCCGCGCUUGACGGCUACGAACCGGCAACGCCCUCGCGGUGCUUGAUGAUAUGCUACGCCGCGGGUGCAUCCCCGACGUCGUCACUUACACCAUCCUGCUCGAGGCCACCUGCAAGAGGAGGGGGUACAAGCAGGCCUUGAAGCUCCUCGAUGUGCCACAGCUCAUCGCCAUGGAUGGGAUCUUUGCCGCUGCGGCCGAGGGAUGGAUGCGCAUCCGCCUCAAGUACCUUGCGCCGCCACCGCAGUUCUUCUCCGUGGUGCUCGUGCAGAUUCUCAUGUACAGCGAGAGGGAGGCUCGAAUUCGGGAAGGAGCAGAAAAGAUUGCAGGGAGCACCAUGCUUGAGGAGGCAGUCCAUGUUUGAUGUAACAGUUUAUACGGGUCAGCACCAUGCUCAUGGUUAUCUGGAAUAUGCCGUAGAGCUUGCUACUGCAAGAGCAACUGCUGCUACAAGAACUAUGUUAUACGAUGGUUUGGUAGAUCACAGCAGCUUGAGAUGCAUCUGCUAUUUCCAAUUAUAAGUCCAAUGUGCUGAUGUAUACCUAUAUAGCUGGAUGUGCAUGCAAUUGAAACUUUUGAUAAUGUAGGAUCAAGAGUGGCGAU